GUAUGUAUGUAUGUCUGUCGGUCUGUCUGUCUGUCUGUCUGUCUGUCUGUCUGUAGGUGAAGGCGUGGGCGUGGGAAGAUGGAAGGAGGAGACGCCCUACGUGACACCGCCCACAUUCACGCCCUCAUGAUAGAAUACCUGGAAUGGACUGGAAUGACUGGAAUCUCGGAAUCACUCAAGUCGGAAUGCAAGAGUCGUGGUCUGCCUAUCCACAGUAGUAGUAGUAGUAGUAGUAGUAGUAGUAGUAGUAGUAGUGGUAGUAGUAGUAGUAGUAGUUUAUCCGACGACCUUCUCUCCUUCUACGACCACGGACAGGGAGCGAAAUUCUUCCAGGUUUGGCGGGCGGUGCAGGAGAGGUGGGGCGGCGUGGCGGGUGAGGCCUUGGACAUGUUAACUCUUGAAUUUCACCUUCAUGUCUAUUUUGCGACUCUUCCUCUCAGACACGGACAUCUAGAGGAUCACCCCGCGGCCAUGGCAGUGUUCAGAAGGUUCCUGGAGUCCUGCCCAGCGAGAUUAGGAACAGCUCAAGACCUUCUGCCAUUCUACGCCCUGCCUUAUGUGCUGGACCCGCCCUCCCACCCAUCCUUCUCAAAUGUCUUCCAGGAUUCGUGGGUGGGUGAGGUGAGGGAGCGCCUGUCCUCCCUCCUGGCCCGCUGCCCCCCCGCCAUCCCCGCCCCUCCAUCUUUGGUCUACUACACAAGCAGCCCACAAGUGAGGUGUCCUGACUGCAGCGUGGGGCAAGUGGCGGCCGUGGCGGGGCGGGAGACACCUGCUUCAGCCCUCAGGACACACCGCGCCCUUAGGAGAAGACUACAGCUCCUUCAGGAUGACUACCAUAAGCUGAUUGGGGUGGCGUGGGAGCUCAGCAAGGGUCUGGAAGGGGCAGUGACAGGGGAGAGGGUGGAUCUGGAGGGCACCCUGGCAGCCUGCACCCACCGCUAUCCUGAGCUGUUCUCUCUCACCCUCACUCACGAUACCUCGGCGGGCCCAGCCACCAUACUGAAGGAGUCUAUGGAGAGGUGCAGGUCGCGUCCUUCCCUCAACUCUCCCCUGCCUGCUCUGGACUUCGGCAGGGUGAGGAGUGACCUUGGAGGCGCCCCAGAGACCCACGUGCUGCUCCUUCUUCAGGCGCUGCGGCAGAGAAUAACGCGCGUCACCAGCGGGUCGGUGCGGCAGGCUGUGGUGACGGCCUUCGUGCGGGGGGACGUGCUGGGCCUUCGAGGGGGUUGCAGGUCGUGGGGAAGGCUGGCGGGCGCUCUCAGCAGUCCCCACCCUCGAGUGUUAGGACAGGCCGUGGCGAGGCUGGUUAACGCUCUCACGGCUUUCUCUGCAGGACGGGCCUACCUCGCCACUGAGGAGGUGUGUGGCGUCCUCCUAGCAUCUCUUAAGGGCGAAUCUUCUGCCACUACUACAGGAGAUAUGACCCUCGCUGCCCUUCAGAAGCUGUCCAUCAGGCCAGAGGUACAGGAGUGGCUAGUAGCAGGCGGGGCGGUGGAGUGGCUGGCCUGCACGUUACAAGCAGGCCACACACUGUCGACCUACACGCAAGAGUACGCCGCUGCCUUACUCAUGAACCUGACGUUGAGAAGCGCAGGGAGGGAGAGAUGUCUGCCGCUGUCCUUCCUGCUGCCUGCUCUAACACACCUGCUGCCUGCUCUGCCUGCUCAUGUCGUCCCCUACAUCACUGGCGCCCUGUUCAGCCUGCUCUCCCACCCUGACCUGCGCCAACACGCCCUACACACUCACCUGGAUGACGCCCUGGAACACCUGGCCACAGGAAGUGACAGUGAACAAAGGAGACAGUUGGAGUAUAUUGUGGACCAGCUGAGGAGACACCCCGCCCCCUCCCCGCCCCCCUCACCCAACCAGACCCCGGAUGUUGAGGAGGACCCGGAGUGGCUGGAGGAGGAGCUAGAGGCCGGGGACCCUGUGAAGGCGCCCCCGCACGCCCCGGUGGGAGAAGAACUAUUGGCGUGGCGAUAUACUUUGCAUCCUGGUGAAACAGACGACGAGGAGAGAAAGAUAGACAGUUUUCCUCCCACCAGGUCCGCUCCAGCCCCACCCACGGAGCCCCGCCCACACACGCCCACACUCCGCCGCCCACACUCAGACAACCUCGUCUUAAGGACUCCACGCACUCGAAAGGAGCAGCAGACGGAGGCAAGCUGGAACUAUCCUGCUGAUGACGAUGAUACUUUGCUGAGACGAAGAGCAGCAGCAGCAGCAGCAGCAGAAGGAGGAGGAGGAGGAGGAGGAGGAGGAGGAGGAGGAGGUCAUGGUGUGAGAGGAGGGUGGAAGAUUGGUCCCCUCCCCAUCACCCCCCCUCUCCUCCGCCACCCCCCCUCCCGCCCCCCUCCCACGACCCCAGAAAUUUUGAGCCAGUUACCACCCCCGCUUCAGCUGGUCCACCCACAGUGUCUUGUCGCCACACUCAGCACUCGGCACUCAGACACAAACAAGAGAAUACAAGACAUGGAAGCCAACAGGGACGAAGGCAGAGAAAGAUGGAGAUCCUUAGAGAGCGUGAAGGAGGCGGACACAGACAAACCACUGUAUCUCUCUACCACUCCUGCAGGUUACGACGUGGCCGCCUCUCGUCUGGUGGAGCAGCUGAUGGGCGAGGCCAGGGAGGUGACGCCCCCCGCUGCCGUGCCGGACACUGACCCCCUCCGCUCCCUGCCCCCCCCAAAAGUUUCUGAGUAUAAAGUGGCCUUCAGCUCACGGCCACGUCUUGCAAGGACACCCCCUGGAUCUGCAGGCUCCCUACGCCCCUCCAGCCCACGCCAUGUCUUGCCCCCCAUCGCCAGAGCCACCCACGCCCAUCCCCGCGCCGCCACCUGACCCAUGGAAGGCGUGGGAAAGGGGCAAAAUGGGUCAAAAUGGGCGCCGUUCAGAAUACAUGAGUUUACCUUUAAAUGUCUCCAAGAAGCUCCGUUUUCUGUGAUGAGAGGGAGGGUUUGUGUAAAAAUGUCGUUGUUUUUAUUGUUUUUCGUUGUUUUUAGCGUUGUUUUGAGUGUGUCUUUGUGGGAAAUGGAGAAAUAUAUCGUGUUUUGGUGUGUGUUCUUA